AUGGGUCCAAGCAAGAUCAGAAGAGCUCUAGGAGCGGUCAAGGACAAGACCAGCAUAGGCCUGGCAAAAGUUGGAGGCAGCGCCUCCCUGGCGGACCUUGACGUGGCGAUUGUGAAGGCAACGAGACAUGACGAGUACCCGGCGGAGGAGAGGCAUAUUCGUGAGAUUCUGAGCUUAACAUGCUACUCGCGUGCCUACAUCAGUGCUUGUGUGAACACCCUCUCGAAGCGCCUCAACAAGACCAGGAAUUGGACGGUGGCACUAAAGACGCUUAUGUUGAUCCAGCGGCUACUCUCGGAGGGCGAUCCUGCAUAUGAGCAAGAAAUCUUCUUCUCAACCAGACGCGGGACUCGUCUUCUCAACAUGUCAGAUUUUCGCGACUCUUCACAAUCGAAUUCAUGGGACUAUUCCUCGUUUGUGCGCACAUAUGCACUCUACCUUGAUGAACGGCUUGAGUUUAGGAUGCAAAGCCGGCGGGGAAAACGCAGUGUGUUUGGAUUUGAGGAAGAUGAUGAUCAGGAGGCCAACAACCUGCAGGGCGGUCCAAGAGCCACACCAGUGCGCGAAAUGAGAACUGAGCAUGUAUUUUCAAGGAUGCAGCACUUGCAACAGCUCCUUGAGCGCUUCUUAGCAUGUCGCCCUACAGGUGCAGCAAAGACCCACCGGGUUGUGAUAGUAGCUCUCUACCCUAGUGUGAAAGAGAGUUUCCAAAUAUAUUAUGACAUAACUGAAAUAAUGGGUAUCUUUAUCGACCGUUUCAUGGAACUACAAGUCCACGACUGUGUGAAGGUGUACGAGGUGUUCUGCCGCGUCGGCAAGCAGUUUGACGAGCUUGACAUGUUCUACAGCUGGUGCAAGACUAUUGGCAUUGCACGCUCCUCUGAAUACCCAGAGCUCGAGAAAAUUACCCCAAAGAAACUUGAGGUUAUGGAUGAGUUCAUCCGAGACAAGUCAGCUUUGGCACAAACCAUAAAACAUAGGUCUAUAGAAGAGACGAUAUUGGAAGAGCAAAAACAAAAUGAAGAAGAAGAAGAAGACAUGAACGCGGUAAAGGCUCUACCACCACCACCACAAGGUUUCACUGAUAUCGAGGAAGUCAAAGAGGAUGAAACAAAGGAGAAGCAAAAACAACAACAAGAGGGUGAUCUAUUGAACUUAGGAAACGAUAUUGCAAUAACAAGCGAACAACAUUCAGAUAAACUAGCCUUAGCCUUAUUUGAUCAUGAUGGCGGUGCACCCGCAGCUAGUCAAACGUGGGAGGCCUUCAAUGACGAAACAGCAGACUGGGAGACGGCGUUAGUUGAAUCAGCAAGCAAUCUGUCAGGCCAGAAAGUGACACUUGCCGCCGGUUUCGACAUGUUGUUGCUCGACGGCAUGUUUAAACAGGCGGGGACAAGGGCGGGUCCAGGUGGGAGUGCGAGUAGCGUCGCAUUUGGGUCAGCCAGAAGGCCACCAAUGCUGGCAUUGCCGGCACCGCCAACAUCCGCAACAAGUGCAGACCCAUUUGCAGCCUCAUUGGCAGUGGCACCGCCGGCGUAUGUGCAAAUGUCAGAGAUGGAGAAGAAGCAGAAACUCUUGGUGGAAGAGCAAUUGAUGUGGCAGCAGUACGCAAGGGAUGGCAUGCAAGGGCAGCUUGGAAUGGCAAAGAUACAGCACCACAAUCCCUACAACAUGGGAGGUUACACACACAGCUACUGA